GAUGUAUUGUUUUAUCACAUCGAUUGGUGACCUUGUCUCUUUAGACGCUCGGUACUCGAGUAGCCUAGACAGUACUGGCGUGUGGAUGUUAUGAUUCAAAGUCGGGAUUCACCUGGAAACCUUAAUCAGAGCCGUUGGGGCAAUAAUCUCGAUAGUCUGCUUGAUGACUCGGAUGGUGUGGAGUUUUUCAAUAAGUUCCUGUCAUAUCAACACUCUGCAAGUCAUCUUCUUGACUUUUGGUUUGCCUGCAAAGGUUUCCGGUCAAAUGUGGACUUGUCGAAUCCCGAGAAGCUUUUUCAGGUUGCGAAGGUCAUUUACAGAACAUAUAUUAAGUCAGGCGCGUCACACGCAGUUCCUUUGCCCUACGUACUGAAGCAGAACAUCAACGACUGUUUGUCAUCAUACCAUGAUGGGUAUAAAAAGAGCUUCAAUUCGGACGGUUCGAUACUUCCGCCUGAUCGAUGCAUGUUCGAUCCCGCUCAAAAUGUGAUUAAAGAUCUUCUCGAGCAGAAGUAUUACCCAGAGUUUCUCACUUUUAUCUCGUGUCCUGCUAAUCUCCAAAACUUGUCUUCGGGCGAGCAAGUCUGUCGUGAAAGGGAAGUGCGGAAUAAGUAUCUUGAGAUUCUCUAUCCAGAGCAGACUUCGGAUGGCUUUGAAGAUGUUUUGUCUAAACAGAAAUCACUCUCUCUUGGCAGUAAACUCCCCACCGACCAAUUAACCAGUGAUACAUCGCAACAUUCAUGUAAUAAUAAAGUGGAUGUACCCUGCGAAAAACAUGAUAAUUAUGACAAUAAGCCGCAAAUAACUCACCAGUCACAUUUGUUGAAUAUGCUUCCAUCGCACGAUACUAAUCAUACAGCUCAACCAUCAUCUACAUCUAUGCAAACUGCAUGUCAUCCGAAUCAUGUAAACAUUUCCACUGGUGGAUUGUUAGUCCACGGUAAUCACUGUAAUAAUGCAUCAAAAGAAUCAUCUCAUCCGAAUAAACUUCAUCAUCCAGUUAGGAAACAAACGAAUUUAGCUGAAUCUGAUCCGACCUUAUUUGUUCAGUUGCUAACGGAGAGACUUGAGAAAGUGAAGGAGUCACGUGGUAAAGUGGAGAAGUUAAUGUCUCUUGUUAAUCAGGUUGAUGAAAAACAUUCAGUAGAAUCUGGACAUUCAAGCGUACCACUAAAGGACACUAAGGAAUACAAUCGGCCACUGCAAUUAAAUAAUUCUACUUGGUGUCAACAGGAUGCUACAAAUUCUUCAAUAAAUCCUUCUGCCAAUGAAGUUAAUUUCACUUCUGCACAUAUUAUUCAUUCAUCGACUACUGAUGAUUCAAAACGACUGAAUUAUCCUCAUGAAUCAGCAUUCUAUAGAAAUAGACGACACACUGAUAAAUCACAAGACGCUCAAGAGAUAUUGGAUGAUCAUUGUUCUCGAAUAUGGGCAGAUGAAUUAGGUGAUAGUACUAUUAAUGCAAGUAAAACACAUUAUCGUAGACAACAAAGUGAUUGUAGUCGUAAUACAACUAGUCGAUCGUCUACAACACCUUAUCCUAUAAUAUCAGAUACACUUGUUCAUUCAAUGCAUUCCAGUCUUGUGCGUGGCGGUUCAAGUGGUACUGAAUAUGAAAUGAAACGAUUGUCUGAGCAAUACAGAACUACAACAGCUUCCUAUUCGUCUGCCAAUAGUAAUAAUAAUAUUAGUAGUAAUCAGCCUAGCAUGUCAGACAGUUCUCAUCGUAGAUGGCAUACUGCUGGAAGUUAUCGAGGUAUGAAUCGACUAAAUAAAUCAGAUGUACGUUCAACAGCUUCCUGGGAUAGUGGUGUAGUUACAAGUUAUGAAAUGAAAAGCUUGAAUCUUAACAAUAAUCCUGACGAUAAUGAUUAUCUUGAUGCAGAGACUAGUUCAAUUCUAGAAGCUGCCAGUGUACAAGCAUUGUCCUCAUCAACUACUGAGUUGGCUCUUGUCAAUGGAGAGGUAACAGCAAAACUAGUUGAAAAAAUGAUACGUCAUUAUCCUCAUAAAACAUUCGAUCGAGAUAGUAGGCAUAAUGGAAAUAUGCUACCCCUAUUCAAUUCGAGUCAAAGGAAAAAGGAAACAAUAAAUCCCGGAUAUGAAUAUAAAUAUAGACUGGAGAGGAAGUGGCAACAACAACAACAACAAUCUGGGCACUUCUACGAAUCUCCGUAUGUACAAGGUUUUAAUCCUAAUUCUUCACUUUGCUCAGCUUGUCAACAUUCUGCUGAUAGAGUUCCAUGUGACUGGCAUCAUUGUUUUCAUUAUCCUUCAACACAUUCUACAUCGAAUGAACACUCAUCUCCUCACUUAAUGGUAACAAGUUGUGGCUGUAAUCAGUCUAGUGAUAAGUCAAUGCUUGGUAGUUCAUGUCGAAGCUUCCCAACUGCUUCGGAUACUUCGAGUACAUUUGACUCAGGGAUCUCAUCUGCCUAUGACCAGCUACCUUUACAGAAACACACAAAUAACCGCGAAAAUCGAAGCCAAAGCCUUCAUAAUUGGCAAAUGAACGUCAAUUUAAAAGAUACAAAUCUAUCAACUCCUCGAGGAAAUCGUACACACUCUGCUUCGAAAUCAUCAUGCGAUAGUAACAAUACUAGUAGGAGCAUUAAUUAUCCUCAAACAAACUGUCUUAUCGCGUCAUGUUAUGAGUUUAAUUCAAGCCAAUUACCAGGACACUAUAUGCAAAAUGAUCUAUGCCCUACACGUCAUCAUCAUUGUCCAGAGAUGAUGAUGAUUAAGGAUGUAAAUAAGCAUGAUGGAAAUGAAUGUAAAAAGCCUUCCAGUGGUAAAUUGCUUCAACACUGGCUACAGUUGCAACAACAACACCCAUCUGAGAAAUCUCAUUGUCCUGCUAAUGAUGGACAAGGCAAAGCAUUAUCAGAUAAUACAAUUCCUGGUGAUCAUUUGCGAUCACACAUCAAUAAGGCGUGCAAGGAAUCACAUGAACGAAAAACCCACCACCAUGGUCAUAAUCAUCGAAAAUCUAGUGCACAACGUACAAACAGUAGUCCGAAGUAUUCACUCAAUAAUAACAACAAUAUGGAGUUGAGUAGUUGUCAACAUCAUUCUGACGAUGAUGACAAUAAGACAAACAGUGUACAUAUGGAUAGUAGAUUAACAUCUUCAACAGCAACAAACACACAACAACAAACAUCUAACGUAAAUUCCUCUGGUCCAGGAUUAGUUGUCGGCUAUUAUCUAUGCGAUGAUCCAGUACCAUAUCGAACUGUUUGGACUGGACCAACUACUGCAGCACACACUAACCAAACGUCCUCCGCCUCUUCAGCAGUACUUGUUGAAGUUAACGAUCAGUCACAAACAGUAGAUAACUGUCAAACUAAUUCGACUGGUCAACCUCUGUUAACACUCGGGCAAUUCAAACAACUGAUAGCUAAAAAGGGUGUUUAUCGAUACUUUUUCAAGAAACCAAAUGAUGAAUUCGGCACUGGUGUGGUCCAUGAAGAGUUAACUAACGAUGACGCUACUUUACCUUUGUGGGAAGGCAAAGUGGUUGCACGCGUGGAACGUGCCGAUUAAAGUAGACAUUUAUUUAUAUUACUCACUUACCUACCUCCAUUCACUUUUGUACGUUAUUCAGUAAUCCACCCUAUUCUCUUUGCAUCUAUGCGCUUACGGCUAACGUGGCUUUCACUAAUCUUUGAAUACUAUAUGCAUUUACAGUGUAUACAACAUACGCAUGUUUACCUUUUAGUUAGUAAUGUUAGCAGUAACAGUACUGGUUGCACAGUUUGUCUUAGCCUUACUACUACCUUGACUUCUUUAUCUACUUGUUAAUUUUUCGUGUACAGUUGCAUUUUAUCCGUAUACAUGUUUUUACUCAGUAUUCGCCUAUUCUAUACUCCUUUCUUAUUGUGCUUUUGUCUCUCUCUCUAUAUCACUUACUUGAUUGUAUGUAAAUAAGUCUAAUUUUACUGUAUUAUCACUGUCAUCACCACUAUUAUUAUUAUUAUUACUAUUUCAUCUUUACUACUUGCUAUUUGACGGUAGUAGUGUUGUGUUUACAAGCGUGAACAUCAUAGUAGCAUGAGACAGUUGAUUCUCUCAGGCCUCUAAUUUUUGAUGACAAAAUAACAACAAUGUAUUCAUGCACAUCCAUUAUACAUAUACUAUAUAACAGAGGCGGAAAAAAGCAACCAUUGGUCGUUGCCUCCUUUCACUCUACAUGUCUAUACUUAUACAAAUGUUUUUCAUAGAAUCCAAUCGUGCUAAGACUAUUGUUUACUUCAAUUCUGCCACAUAUAAGUUCACAUCAUUAAUUCUAAUUAACCGAUUUAUAUUUCCGUUUUUUUUGUGUGUGUUUUGAUUCUCUCCUUUUUUUUCCAUAUUGGAUUUUGUUGAUAUUGUCUAAGGGGAAAGAAAAUACAUCUAUUUUUUAAAUUUGUUCUGAUUAUAUUCUCGAGUAAAUUCAGUAAUCUUGAAUAAAGAGGUCAGCAGGCAAGUAGUAGUAGUAUAUAGUAUUGACUGAGGGAUGUAGAAAUGCUAGG